UUGGGCAAUUAUUGGAUUGACAUGCCUUUCUUUUUCUUUAAUUGAAAAAUGAAGGCGCAGUCGCUGUGUUUGGGGAAAGACCCAUCAAAUUAAUCCGCGUUUUCCUUUUUCUUUCGUUUCCGCUUCAAAGCAUGAAGAAGCCUCCAACUCAGACCUCUUCCAUUUUUUUCAGUAUUCAUUUCCCUUUGCACUUUCCUUUUCUCUUCUUCUUCUUCUUCUGGCUACCUCAUUCUUAAUAAGCACAACUACCAAAAGUGGGGGCAGUUUUCUGAAUCACAAGAUUCAUCUUUCAAGUUGGUUGUGGAUAAAGUGUUGAAUUGGUGUCAGUUGUAGCUGGAUAGAGUGUUGAAUUAGCUUUAAAAGUUGAAAUUGUGUUAAUUUUGUGGCAGUGAACCUCUCUAGAGAGAGUCUUGUGCAAGAUGAUUGAGUUGUUUGAGUAUCAAGAGAGGUCAAGUGAUGGUUGAUCAAGCUGAUUUAGUUAUCAUUUGUGUCUCUGUUGGGGUGGCCCUUGGAGUUUUGAUAGCUUAUCUCAUAUAUGUUGGCAUAAGGUGGUACAAAAAGCGAGCUCAUCUUAGCCGAUCUGCGAACGAGCCUAGUUUAACAACUAUCCCUAUACGAACAAAUGGAUUAGAAACUAGCAUUGACUUUAGUGCUUCUCUCACCAGUUCCAUAGCCACUUCAAGGUCACCAAAUCCUCACAAAAGCUCGCAUUCAACUUGGUGGAGUCAUCAGAAUAAAGAUGGUUUUGCUUCAGUAUCAGGCAUUCUGAAGUACUCAUAUAAAGAAAUUCAAAAGGCUACACAAAACUUCACAAAUACUUUGGGAGAAGGAUCCUUUGGCACAGUUUAUAAAGCCAUGAUGCCUACAGGAGAGGUGGUAGCUGUGAAGAUGCUUGGACCCAAUUCCAAACAAGGGGAGAAAGAAUUUCAAACAGAGGUGCUUCUGCUUGGAAGACUGCAUCAUCGGAAUCUUGUAAAUUUGUUAGGAUACUGCAUAGAUAAAGGACAGUUUAUGCUGGUUUACGAGUUCAUGAGUAAUGGAAGUUUAGAAAACCUUUUAUAUGGUGAAGAAAAGGAACUGAGUUGGGAUGAAAGGCUGCAAAUUGCUGUUGAUAUUUCACACGGAAUAGAAUACCUUCAUGAAGGGGCAGUCCCACCCGUUGUUCAUCGUGAUUUGAAAUCUGCUAAUAUAUUGCUUGAUCACUCAAUGAGAGCUAAGGUUUCUGAUUUUGGGCUCUCAAAGGAAGAGGUCUUUGAUGGCCGUAAUUCUGGCCUUAAAGGUACAUAUGGGUACAUGGACCCUGCAUACAUUUCCUCAAGCAAGUUCACAGUGAAGAGUGACAUUUACAGUUUUGGUAUAAUAAUUUUUGAGCUGAUCACUGCCAUCCACCCACAUCAAAAUUUGAUGGAAUAUAUCCAUCUUGCUGCAAUGGAUUAUGAUGGUGUAGAUGGGAUUCUUGACAAGCAACUUGUGGGAAAAUGCAAUCUUGAAGAAGUGAGACAGCUUGCUAAAAUUGCACACAAAUGUUUGCACAAAUCACCUAGGAAACGCCCAUCCAUUGGUGAGGUUUCGCAGGGUAUAUUGAGGAUUAAGCAAAGACGCCUCAUGAAAGAAGACACCAUGUCAUUUGCAAGCAGCAACUUCUCCCGAAGUGUGAGUCAAAUAGAGGAGCAACAGGUUGAAUUAAGUAAAAUAACCACCAUGAACCACAGGGAAAUGGGGUGAACUCAUUCAUAUGUUUUGGGGCGAUUUUUUUUUUCGGUAGUCCUUUGGUAACCAAGGAAGUUUGUAGAAAAAACCAUCGAUGUCACUAGCUGUAAAAUGUGAGUCAAGAUGUACAGAUAAGGGCAGAUCCCAUGCUACUCUGAAGCAUGAAUGAUCAAUUCUGUCUUGUGAGUUUUUGUAGCUAAACAACACAUAAAUUCUAUGCAUGACCACCAACCAUUUAUACCAAUAAAUGUACACUUUAUGUGGAACAAAUAAAGAUAAUAUAGAUGAUUGAA